AUCUUCACACUCGAGAAUAAAAUACGAUCUGUGUGUGGUCAACGUUUUAUUUAAAAAUAUAUAUAUAUAUAUAUAUUAAUUAGUGUUGUAAAUAUGUACUUAUUGUUUUGUAUAAUUUAUCUUACUGCUAAUAUCUUCAGUUAUUUUACUUUUUAUCUUUCGAAAAUUGCUUAUAAUUUUCGAAGAGGGAUAGGGUCUCAGGCACCCUGUCGCUACACCAAAAUUUCUCCCGUGGAAACUUUUUAUUAGCCUGUUAUACACCUUCUGGGCAAAAAGACUUAAUAAGUGCAAAACGAUACGUCUUUCUAGUUAGUUUGUCCCGAAAAUUUUAAAGCGUGUUCUUACGCAAAGCUUACGUGAGUAGAACUUGCAUUUUGAACAAUUGCGUGAGCAGAUUUUUGUUGCAAAUUAAUGCAAAGGCCUUUUUUUUUUUACUGAUUACGAUAUUUACAGGAACGAGAGAACUUGGAAUGAGAAGUGUAAGAUGGAAAGAAUUAGAAAUUUCUUCAAACUAUUAAAAAUAUUGGCUAGCAACAAUGGAAAAAUCAAAAUAUAAAAAUUGUCACGUCUUUUUUUGCAUUUGUGUGAUCGGUGCAAGAAUUAUUUUUGGUAAAAUUUCUGUUAAACAUUUCGUUUUGCAUCCAUUGUUAGAUGUGUACUAAGUUAUAUAAUAUCAAGCUUGUGAGCCCAUAAUUAUCUGUAAAGAGCAGAAGUUUCAUGUUCUAGGAAGUAUGUUACAAAUCGUUUGAAACCAAAAACAAAAAAUAUAUAUAUGUUUUAAAAGAGCAUAUGCAUACUGAUAAAGGAGAGAAAUGUUAUGUAUGCGAAGCAUGUACAAGUCAUUUAAUCAAAAAAGUAGCUUAAGACAGCAUAUGAUUAUUCACACAGGAGAGAAACCUCAUCAAUGUGAAGUAUGCAAGAAGUCAUUUAGUCAAAAAAAUGGUUUAAACAGGCAUAUCCUUAUUCACACAGGAGAGAAACCUCAUGAGUGUGAAGUAUGCAAGAAAUCAUUUAGUCGAAAAAGUAGUCUAAACGGGCACAUGCUCAUUCAUACUGGAGAGAAACCUCAUGUGUGUGAAUUAUGUAAGACGUUAUUUAGUCUAAAAACUACUUUAAACCAGCAUAUGCUUAUUCACACAGGAGAGAAAUCUCAUGUAUGUGAUAUAUGUAAAAAGUCAUUUACUCAGAAAAGUAGUUUAAAACGGCAUAUGUUUAUUCACACUGGAGAGAAACCCCAUGAGUGUGAAGUAUGUAAGAAGUCAUUUAGUCUAAAAACGAGUUUAAGCAAGCAUGUGCUUAUUCAUACCAAAGAGAAAAUUCAUAUGUGCGAAUUAUGUAACAAGUUAUUUAGUCGAAAAAGUAUUUUAAACCAGCAUAUGCGUAUUCACACAGGAGAGAAGCCUCAUGUAUGCGAAAUAUGUAAAAAAUCAUAUAAUCAGAAAAAUAGUUUAAAAGAGCAUAUGCGUAUUCACACAGGAGAGAAACCUUGUAUGUGCGAAGUAUGCAAGAUGUUAUUUAGUCGAAAAAGUGUUUUAAACCGACAUAUGCUUAUUCAUACAGGAGAGAAAUUUCAUGAAUGUGAAAUAUGUAAAAAAUCAUAUCGUCAGAAAAGUAGUUUAAACGAGCAUAUGCGUAUUCACACAGAAGAGAAACUUUAUGUGUGUGAAGUAUGUAAAAAGCCAUUUAUUCAAAAUCGGGCUUUGGAAGAGCAUAUGCGUAUUCACACAGGAGAGAAACCCUAUGUGUGCGAAAUAUGUAAAUGGCCAUUUAGUCGUAAAAGCAGCUUAAACAAGCAUAUGGUUUUCCAUAGAGAAGAGAAUCCUUAUAUGUGUGAAAUAUGUAAAAAAUCAUUUAGUCGUAAGUCUAAUUUAAAUGAGCAUAUGCAUAUUCACACAGGAGAGAAACCUAAUGUGUGUAAAGUAUGUCAAAAGUCAUAUAGUCAUAAAGCUAGUUUGAACAAGCAUAUGCAUAUUCACCUAGUAAAGAACACUUGUGUAUAAAAUUAAUACUAAAGCAUGAUCUCAGGCAGUACAUAUCUGUGAGGUCAAUGGUCAUAUGGUUUAGUUGCACCAUAUGGCAGAAUUUAGAAGUAGCAAAAUGCUUAGAGUUUAGAGAAGCAUUCAUUGGCUGAAUUGUGCUGGAUUGCAUCAAGCCUACUGCUGAUCAUUGUCUGGUUUGUAACCGGCUAUUAAAUAAAUAAAUAAACUAAUUCUCUAUUCUACAAGAGGGGAAAAAAAAAAACCUCAGAAGCUGAUUUAAAAGAUUUAGACUAUUUCUCUUAUUCAGAAUCAGACUAUGGAUUUUACAUUUCUUCCACCUCCCCAAUUCCAAAUUGUUUUAUAGCAUCAUAACUUUGCUAAUAGAAUUUUUCUUUUUUUUAACCUUCUUUCAAAGUGAACUUUGGUACACUUCUGUUACCAGGACCGGUUUCAGAAAUGUAUGUAUGCAUGGAACUGUUCACGUAUGUAUGUGUAUGUAUACAGACAUUCGUACAAGUAUACAUGCCUACAUACAUUUCUGAAUCCGAUCCUGAUAACAGAAGAGUACCUAAACUUCCAAUUUAGUUGUAUCUUGUAUUAAGUGAAUAUCCAUAUAUGAGCAUAUCAGUUAUGUACACAGUGAUCUAAGUUUAAAAAGCAGUUUCAGACUGUGCUGUCAAAGCCGCCGGUAAAAUCUCCAUCUUGUAUUAUUUCAAGGAAAACCAGAGCUACUUGAGCAAAAAAGGUUUUUCCUUUCUCGUGCCUGGGUUUUCAAGAAAUUCUUGCAUAAUAGUCAGUGUUCUUUUUUCUUCUCAUAUGUGUUCAAUGUUUGUGUCUGUCACCUACUAAAAUGCAAUAUGCGAAUCAUAUGCAUGUUGUUACUUUGAAAUACUUCUAACACUGAAAUUCUAAAGCAUGAUUAAAUAUUUCAUCUUGUAUGUGUGCAGUAAUUUGCAUGUGCUUUGUGUUAAACUUGUUUCUGAAUUUAAUGCAAAUACUGAUCAUAGUUCUGCCAUUAGUAACUGAAAUGUUUUUCUCAUGCCCGUUAUAAAAUAACGUAUUGUGUAUUUCCAUUCAUGGUCAACAAAUACUGAAGACUGAUUAUGUAGCUGCAGUAUCAAAUGAGCAUGUAACAUUCACAAAACCAGUAUGGAGUUGCUCAUAUUGUAUGGGAAAAGAGAAAUGAUGUUUCAGUUAUUUUCAGUUGAAUAUUAGACGUACAGGUAUUUGGACGAAUCAAGUAGAGCAGCCUCAUUUGUGCAAAGUAUAUAAGAAGACAUUCGGGAAAAUGAAUCAUUUAGGCAAUGUCUUCCCAUUCUAGGUAAGAAAUUGAUGUAUAUUAGAUAUUUAUUUAAAAUAUUUCCUCCACCCACCCCUAUUCAAUGGUAAAAGAAAUUUAAUUUUUAACUUGGAAGGAUGCACUUUAUAAGCAUGAAGACGUGUGGCAGAAGAAUGUCUUGGUUUAAACUUGCAUUUCAUGUUUGAUUUUUCAAGCAUUAUGGGAAACUGAAACCUAGAAAUUUUUCCACUAUGGUUCCUAUGGCAAAUUAAAUUUCGGUAUAACUAUGGUGUUGAAUAGAAACUAGCCAGAUUUAGUAUUUUGUAUAAACCUUAGAAUUAGGCCUGAAAGAUUUUUGUAAAACAGAACCGUUAUAGAAAUAACUGGGCUUUCUUUACCUGCAAUGUAGCCACUUUUUCAAAAUUACUAACCUAGACAUUUUAAAAGUAGAAUGUUAUAAAAAUUUCCAUUUUUUUUAAUAAUGCUUGUAUCAGAAUAGUGAAUUAAUUAACUAUUAAACAGAUUUGCAUUUAUUUAAUAGUUGAUUCAAUAUAAAUAUAUUUUUUAUUUAAGUAAACAUAUAACACAAUACAUUAAAUAAUACAAUAAUCAUGUGCAGCAAAAAAUAAUUUGAAGCAGUCUAUUAUCAAUAUUAAGUGUGCUAGUAAUACUUAGAAGUUAGACCAGUAAUACAUACUGACAUUUAUAAUGUAAAAUACCUAAGAAGUUUCUCAAUUUCUAUGAAAACUAUACAAAUUAAUAGUAAUUUGAAAUCUAAAACAGCAUGGUGGCAGUAGCGCUUGCCAGAAUAAAAAUAUUUUAUGGCAUUCACUGCAGUAAGAUUGCUGUAUUCUAAUCAGUUUAUUUUAUUUAAUAAAUCGUAUUUUUUAAUUCUAACCAUAAAUGUUUUUUUAUAAAUUCUUUAACAUAUGGUCUUAAGAUCGAAAUAGAUAAAAAUUGACGCAUUUAAUUGAAGAAUUCUAAAAUUUUGUUAGUGUAAAGAUUUUAGUAUAAAUGUAUGUAUGAGUGUAUACACACCCAUACAUACAUAUGUAACGUACAUUUCUGAAUCCAGUCAUGAUAACAGAAAAGUACUAAAAUGUUGAGUAUUUUUUUAAGUGAGGCAUAUUAUGUUGUAUCUUGCAGAAAGCUAAGUCUGAAAUUUUGAGGAAGAUAACCAAAACUGCAGUUUGCAGUUCAAUGCUAUGCUAAAACACUAAAGUCUCAUAGGAGGGAUUAUAAUCUGCAGUCAGAGUGGGAAAAAAUUCCAGAGAAGCAGAAACCUGUCUGGGAAGUGCUACAUGCAUAUCAAGGGUAUCGCAUAAAUAAUUUUUGGCCGUGGGUGGCCAUAUAAAUAUUUUUUGGCAAUAAUAUGCUGGAUCAGUACUUUGUUGUGGGUUUUAUUGGGGUUAUGAAGUAUCAGAAAGUUCCAAGCAUGCAGUAGAACACAGAUUUAGUUUAGUUGCAACCACCACGACCAUGAGGAUAAACAUGUAUACACCCAUUAAGCAGAUUUACUCAUAAAAUACGGUGGGUGGAUAUGGAUCAUGCAGUAGGGAUGUUUUUCGUUAUUUUUUUAUUUUCAACUGUGUUCAAAAGCUUAAGUCGGCAACUGUUAAGUAAUCUAAGAUAGUAUGCUGAUCAUCAUUGGUAGUUUUCAUCAUCUGUUUGAUACAUUGUGCUUAAUUUUGUGUAUUUAUUUUUUUAUUUAUAUUUUUUUUACAUAUUGGAAAAAAUUGAAUGUUUUCCAACUUAAUUUUGCUGUAUGUACAUAAUUUGAUGAUAAAGUGCAAUAAAUAAACUAUUAUUGUAUAAUAUUGUUUAAUUAUUUAUUGUAUAAUUUUUAUUAUAUUAUAGUUUACAAUGAAUUUUAAUAUAAUAAUUAUAAUUUAUAAUAAUUUUUUGAUAAGUAAUUGUUAUAUAUUUUCCUACUAUUCUGUUAACAGGACUAGAUUCAGAAAUGUACGAAUGUAUGUGCAUAUAUGUAUGCAUGUAUACAGACACAUAUAUGCAUCCAUACUUAUAUACAUGCAUAUAUAAACACAUGUUCAUACAUACAUGGAUUUCUGAACCCAAUCCCAAUAACAGAAGAGUAC